CUCUUCGCUUCUCACUUUCCUUGUCUUCACAGUAUAAAAAAUGAACACAAGUUCAAGUAGUCAUCAACAAGAUGAUCGUCCUAACAUAAUUCAAUUCUCUGAUAAUCAAAAUGCCAACAUUUUGCACACCAGAUCUCACAAGGAUGAAAGACGUCUUCGACGCAGAGAGUCAACAGCAAGCCAUGCCAUUAUUGCGUAUAGAACAUUAUCUAUCACUGUGUCUGAAAGUCAAGCUAAGGGUGUUAAUAAAUCGAAAAAGUCAAAACUUGAGAAACCUGAUAUUGCAGAAGAUUUAACUAGUGCAACAUAUCACCAGAUAUCUCUUCUUCAAAUCGGUCAACAAUAUAGAACUAGUCUUGAGGCUGGUCUUGAAACAGAGCAAGCAAUUUCUCGUGUUGCUGAAUACGGCAGAAACGCAAUCUCUCCCCCUCCCAGCAACUGGACCAAAAAAAUUAUCAGCUAUUUCUUUGGUGGAUUCUGUAGUUUAUUAUGGAUUGCAAGUAUUAUUUGUUGGAUUUCAUGGAAGCCUUUGGGUAAUCCAAACCCAUCGCCACUUAAUUUGGCUCUUGCUGUCAUUAUCAUGUUUGUUAUCUUGCUUCAAGCUUUCUUCAAUGCCUGGCAAGAUUGGUCCACUAGUCGUGUUAUGAAUUCAAUCAACAAUAUGCUCCCCACUCAAACGUUGGUCUUGCGUGAUGGCAAAGUUGUUACUAUUGAUGCCGCUAAUUUAGUUCCAGGCGAUCUUGUUCAUAUCAAGAUGGGUAACAAAAUUCCUGCUGAUUUACGUCUUAUCCAGGUGUCGGAUGACUUGAAAUUUGAUCGCUCUGUGCUCACGGGUGAGUCUGAUGCUAUUCCUGGUACUGUAGAUGCUACUGAUGAUAAUGUUUUGGAAACUCAUAACGUUGCCAUGAUGGGUACUCAUUGUCUGAACGGUUCUGCUGUUGGUGUGGUUGUCUCUAUUGGUGACAAGACACUCAUGGGUAGAAUUGCUCGUUUGUCUUUGGCUGAUCCUAAUACUCGCACAACGCUUCAAGUUGAGAUUUUGAGAUUUGUUAUCAUUAUUGCUGUCUUGUCUAUUUCUGUUGGUAGUAUAUGUUUGAUUACUUGGGCUGCUUGGUUAAGAGUUGACUACCCUGAUUUUCUUUCGGUUUCUGCUGCCUUGGUUGCUAUUAUUAGUGUUAUCGUUGCUUUUGUUCCCGAGGGUAUGCCCAUUGCUGUUACCUUAUGUCUCACACUGGUUGCAAACCGUAUGCAAAGGAGUAAUGUAUUAUGUAAAGUAUUGUCAACUGUUGAAACAUUAGGUAGUGUCAAUGUGUUGUGUUCCGAUAAAACCGGUACUUUGACUGAAAACAAGAUGUUUGUCUCCGAUGCUUGUAUUUCUGCCGAAGAGUUUACAUCUGAUUCUAUUCGAGGAAUGUUCUCAUCUCCAAAUAAGACAACCAAUGAUAUGCUUCCCCAAUUCCGCCAGGUCCAAUUUGCUGCUGCUCUGUGUAAUGGCUCUUCCUUUGACUCUUCUACUUCUCACUUAGAGGUAUCCCAAAGAACUGUAUUCGGUGAUGCUACUGACUCUGCUAUCUUGAGAUUUGCUGAAAGUAUUGAUCCCACCAAUUAUACCGUUGAUACUAUUAGAGCUGACACCGAAAAGAUUUUUGAAAUUCCCUUCAAUUCCAAAAACAAGUGGAUGAUGUCUAUUUGUCGCCCUCUCAAGAAUUCUAUGGCCGAAUGCCUCUCUACUUUAUCCGAAAAUGUUGAUGUCAAUAACUGGAUUUUAUUCUGUAAGGGUGCUCCUGACGUUAUUCUUAACAAGUGUACCAAGCUUUUACUCCCUAAUGGUAAUGAAGUUGAGUUCACCGAUAAGCGUGCUGAAGUAAUUUUAAAUCUUCAAACAAAAUGGGCUAGUGAAGGAAAGCGUGUUUUACUUUUGACUCGUCGUGUCAUCAAUCCUGAAGAAACCCCAGAAAACAGUAUUGCUGGUACCUCUAGUUUCUCUACCUGGGCUACCAAAAUGAACACCGGACUCACUAUUAUUGGUAUGGUUGCUAUUGUUGAUCCCCCUCGUCCAGAAAGUGCUGAGACUGUACGUGUUUGUCGAAAUGCGGGUAUUCGUUUUUAUAUGGUAACUGGUGACUUUCCUACUACUGCUGCUGCUAUUGCCCGUGAAAUUGGUAUCUUUACUACUCUUCAUCCGCAUACUAUUAACGACUUGGACCCUACUGCACUUAUCGAAUAUAUCCCCAAAUAUGCUCCUAAAACAUUUGUCGCUACGACGGGCAAAAAAGUUACUGAUGCUGAAAGCUGUACUUCUGCUGAUUCUAACAGUACUCUUGAUCAAAAGGACGAAAAGGAACUUUCUGGUAAAGGUUGCAAAUCUCUUUUGUUAUCCGGUGGUGAUAUUAUAACUUUGAAUGAUUCUCAAUGGGAGCAAGUCUGCCAAUAUAAAGAAAUUGUGUUUGCCCGUACUUCUCCAGAUCAAAAGCUUCGUAUUAUUAAGGAGUUUCAAAAGCGUGAUAACAUAGUUGCUAUGACUGGUGAUGGUGUGAACGAUGCUCCUUCUUUAAAGGCCGCUAAUGUUGGUAUUGCUAUGGGUGGUGGUAGUGAUGUUGCUAUUGAGGCCGCUGAUAUGAUUUUGCUCGAUAAAUUUUCCAGUAUUGUUGCUGCUAUUGAAAACGGUCGUCUCGUCUUUGAUAACUUGAAGAAGGUCAUUGUUUACUUGUUGCCUGCUGGUUCUUGGUCCGAAUUAUGGCCUGUCAUUUUAAAUAUUUUCUUGGGUUGUCCUCAAACUUUGUCAUCAUUCCAAAUGAUUGUUAUCUGUGUUCUUACUGAUUUGUGGCCUUCCAUGGCCCUGAUGAUGGAAAAACCCGAGGCCGGAUUAUUAGAGCGCCCACCUCGUCGACCCAAAAGCGAUCGUCUAGUCAAUGCUAAGCUCCUUCUUCACGCUUAUGGUUUUGUUGGUCUCAUGGAAAUGCUUUCUUCUCAUUUUCUUUUCUUCUUGUACAUGGGAAUGAACGGUCUUCCUCCUAACAAGAUUUUUUUCUCGUUCUCUAAUUUGACAGCCAAGGAAGGUUACGAGGGGUUCACAUCUGAUGAAAUCACAGCUUUGAUUAAUACUGCUCAAUCUAUUUACUUUGUCAAUCUCGUUAUUUGUCAAUGGGGUAAUGUCUUAUCUACCAGAACCCGAAGACUUUCGAUUACUCAAGCAAAUCCUUUGUGGGGACCUAAUCAAAACUUGUACUUGUUUGCUUCGAUGAUUGCUUCCCUUACAAUUGCCAUUAUUGUUCUCUAUGUCCCUGUAUUUAACACAUAUCUUCAAACCGCUCCUGUUCCUAUCAAAUUCUGGUUUAUUCCUUUUGGUUGGGCUGCAUUCAUCAUGGUGAUGGAUGAAUCUAGAAAGUUUUUGGCUAGAACUUAUCCUACUAGCCUUUUUGGAAAAUUAGCUUGGUAAAAAAAAAUGAUUUUUGUCCGUCAUCUUCUUGGCUUUUGCAUAUAGUCUUCUGUACAUAUUUCUCUUAACAAAUACUUAAACCUUAUCACAUAAUAAAAAAAAUCGCUUUUUACUUUUCAA